GGGACUACUUACCGCUUCCGCUAUUACCGUGCCUCUCCGCACAUCACGAGCCGUCUUGCUAGCAGUUAACACCAUCGGGUCCCGAUUGAAACUGAAAAAAAGUCAAGCAAAUCAACUCCAAUCAUCUCCAAAAUGAACGGACGCGGCGGCAGAGGUAGGGACUUUGGCAGCAGCUGGGGAGGCGGGGACAGGAGGGGCGGUGGCGGCUCGGGCAGCUACCGCAAUAGCCAGCCCGGUGGCAGCCUGCGUAAGCCGGACUGGGACCGCAUCCAGCUGCAGCCCUUCCAGAAGAACUUCUACCACGAGCACCCGAACACAGCCAACCGGUCUCCCCAGGAAGUGGACGCUUAUCGGCAAGCCAACGAGAUCACAGUCAAGGGCCGCGAGGUGCCCAAGCCCAUUCUUCACUUCGAGGAGGGCAACUUCCCCGACUACAUCCUCAAGGCUAUCCAGGCACAGAACUACACCACGCCGACCUGCAUCCAAGCCCAGGGGUGGCCCAUAGCUCUCAGUGGCAAGGACUUCGUGGGCAUCGCCCAGACUGGGUCGGGCAAGACGCUCGGCUACAUCCUCCCGGCCAUUGUGCACAUCAACCACCAGCCAUAUCUGCAGCGUGGUGACGGCCCCAUUGCUCUGGUUCUUGCACCGACGCGUGAGCUCGCCCAACAGAUCCAGCAGGUCGCCUCGGACUUCGGCAAGUACUCCCGGGUGCGCAGUACAUGCGUAUUUGGUGGUGCGCCGAAGGGACCCCAGCUCAGGGAUAUCGAAAGAGGCUCCGAGAUCUGCAUUGCCACGCCCGGCCGCCUGAUAGACUUCCUGGAAGCGGGCAAGAUAAGCCUUCGUCGCUGCACGUACCUGGUGCUGGACGAGGCUGACCGCAUGCUGGACAUGGGCUUCGAGCCACAGAUUCGCAAGAUUGUGGAGCAGAUCCGUCCGGACUGUCAGACCCUGAUGUGGAGUGCCACCUGGCCCAAGGAGGUCCGCUCCUUGGCUGAGGACUUCCUCAAGGACUACAUCCAGAUCAACAUUGGGGCGUUGCAGCUGUGCGCCAACCACCGCAUUCUGCAGAUAAUCGAUGUCUGCCAGGAGACUGAAAAGGAAGACAAGCUCAUGAAAUUGCAUCAAGAAAUUCUCAAUGAAAAGGAAAACAAGACCAUCGUGUUUGCCGAGACAAAGAGGAAAGUCGACGACCUGACCAGGAAGAUGCGCCGCUACGGGUGGCCAGCCAUCUGCAUUCACGGGGACAAGACUCAGCAGGAGCGUGACUGGGUGCUCAAUGAGUUCCGAUCUGGAAGGGCACCCAUCCUUGUUGCAACAGACGUGGCUGCGCGUGGUCUCGAUGUGGACGACGUGCGGUUCGUGAUCAACUUUGACUACCCCAACUGCUCGGAGGACUACAUUCACCGGAUUGGCCGGACUGCGCGUUCCAACAAGACUGGCACUGCCUACACCUUCUUCACGCCCAACAACAGUCGGCAGGCCAAGGAGCUCAUCUCUGUCCUCCAGGAGGCCAACCAGGUCGUCAACCCCAAACUCUACGAGAUCGCCAAUAACUCCCGAGGUGGCGGAUGGGGAGGCCGUGGAAGCCGCUGGCGCUCGGGCGGCAACGGCAGCUCGUGGAGGUAACUUGUCCUCUUUGUUCCAGGCCGCUGGCGCACGGGCGGCGGCGGCGGCAGCUCGUGGAGGAACUCGGGAGGUGGCAAUGGCAGUAACACCCACACACACUUCGCCAGCGGCGCCAACAGCGUCUCACUCGGAUCCAGAGACAUGAACGGCUACGGCCACCAACAGAACAGUUACUACUCUGUCUAGUUGGAGUACAUCUGUAAACAAAUUCCUAGGCUUCUUCUCAUUGUCAAAACUGCGUUUCGACCAGUACCACGGAGGAAGGCGACCCGCAUCCCAACUACGCACAUACACCACUCACAUGUACAUCAAUCAUCUUUUUGGGAGGGGCGUCCAGGGCUGGGCAAUUUAAGGGGAGACAUUAAAUUUUUUUAUUAUCAUUAAGAUGUUCAAAUCCUUAAGUCCUUGUUGUCAAAUGGGACGUUUGUUUCUGAUUGCUUUGAUUGCUGUUAUGGCUGAAUUGAUUCAUGCUGAGUGCCUUGUGUGUACACCCUUUUUUGCUUUCCAGCUGACAAUGUUUUGAAGUAAUUGCAAAUUAACAUUUUGGUAUUGCCUUAGGUGUUUUCUGAAGUCAUUCAGGUAUCUCCACUUGCAAUAUGGUGGCAAUUGUGCUCGUUGACUUCAUUGAAUAUUACAUUUUUCAAGUCAUCAUGGCUCAUACAGUAGUUCCUCGCUUCUCAAUCAUGCUUCUAAUAUCUUGUGUGAGCAUGGGGCAUUUAGAAAGCCUCAGAUUUCACCAGUCUCCCCUUAAAUGUUACCGGUGUCUUUUUUUUUAAUUGCCACAUCCAGUUUCAGUGGUUUGUCUGUGUUCUUGUUUAAUGUUGCAGCUUCUGCCAUUGUGUUAAUUUUUUUUUUUCAAUUGCCUAAAGGCUAGAAAAGCUCGAGGCACAAAGACUGUCCUGCAUUGUGAUAUUUGGAAAGAGAGAGGCUAUGUUUUGUGUGCACUCCCCUGCGCAAGUGUUGUCUAGGUGUUUCUGAAUUCUUUUUGUAAAUUAUUGUCUCUCAUCUUUGCACUUCCAAUGCUGAUGUCUUGGGAACAAGUCUUUCUUCUGGUUUGCUUAGGCCCUCUAAAAUCUCGUAUUCGGGGUGUUCCGUCUGUGCGAGUGGUAGAAGUAAACUUCGUGGACAAACACUUAGUUUAACAUCUUUUUCCCAAAAAGUCUUCAUUUAGGUCGCUGCAGUCGUUAUCUGAACCGGCCUCGUGUUUGGUUCCUCUUUUGGGGAGGGACCUGCCAGUACAGACGGCUCGUGCAUAGUGCAAAUGAGACUGCUGGAGCAUGUACGAACACCAAAUGCUAAACCAGCGUCCUUGCGGAGGCUCUAACGUUAACAUCUGGAGCUUCUGUUUGUAACAAGUUGAAACAGUUUUUUUGGAGAGAAAUAAAUGCUGGUAAACGA